AUGGCACCAUCCAUUCACCCUCUCGUCGACAACGGCAUCACCAAAGGCAAAGACAACUUUCCAGGCGGCACCCUGCGCUGCCACUGUUCUUCCGAUCCCGUCGAGGUCGAGUUGAAAGGCAAUGUCCUCCACAAUCAUGUCUGCGGCUGUUCUCAGUGCUGGAGGCCCGAGGGCGCUCUCUUCUCCGUCGUGGCAGUCAUUCCCGGCGACAACGUGCGUGUCACCAAGAACGCUCACAAACUCGAGGUGUUGGAUCCAAACGCCACCAUCUUGCGCAACGCAUGCAAGGAGUGUGGUGUCCAUAUGUACGGGCCAAUCGAAAAGGACCAUGCAUUUAAAGGGUUGUACUUCGUGCACGUUGACCUGAGCGAUGAGAAGGGCUGGCAAGAGCCGCAGUUUGCGGCCUUUGUGUCCAGCCUGAUUGAGCAGGGCUAUCCUCCGGAGAAGAUGGAUGAGGUGCGGAAGCGGUUGCGGGAGCUAGGAUUGGAGCCGUAUGAUGUGCUCAGCCCGCCAUUGAUGGAUGCCCUGGCUACCUUCGCGGCUGAGAAGGCGGGCAAGAGGAGCAAACUUUGA